GCUAAACUGCGCCGUCCGGUUGUAAUAAAGCCGUUCGUUUUCAAGUUGUUCUUCCACGAUCCGUUGGUUUCAUUUGUGUGGGUUUUUUCUGUUACUGCCCUCAGAAAAAAGUGAGAAACCAAACAAAAUACACCAGAAAUUGAAGCCCUUUUUUCUUCUACUACUGCCCAGUUCGCGAGAAAAAAGCUGAGGGAUCUCUCUGCGAAUUUCGGAGCCAAAGUAUUGAGGACAAUGCCAGGAAAUGUAGAUCAGGGCGUUGAAUUUCUCUGUGAUUCUCGUCGUUUCUUUCGGUCAAAAAGCUUCGAAACUGUUCCUCUCAGUAAAGGGGCUUGUUGAAAUCCGUCCCUUUUCUCUUUUUUCUCUCUUUUACGCUUUUGGGGUUCUUGAAAAUUUCUUCUUACGCCUCCUGUUGUUGUUGUUGUUUGUUUCUUUUUGUUUUUAUGACGAUUUCGUAAGUUCAUCCAUGUCGUCCGACAUAAGCUAGGGUUUAAUUUUCCCCUUGUUUCAGUGAUCCGUGUCGCUGGAGUGUUUUUGAGAUUCUCUGCUGUUGUUGUUCGUCAUGGAUUGUUGUACCAACUCUUGUGGAGUCCACUGCGUUAGAGGCUAUAUUGUUGGUGCUGAAAGUUCGAUGAUCUCGUCUUCUUUGUAUUGAAUUUAUUGAAGAAUUUGUGCGCUUGAUUAGGGUUUUUUUUUGGGCUGUUUGAGUUUAAGGGGGAUGGGAACUGAUCGUCUGCUCUUACCUACAGUUGGACCGCCAAUAAAACGGCGAGCGGGGUUGAGGAGAAAACAGGCGGGUAGAGGCUCGUAUAGGGGAAGCUAGGGAAGUUGGGGAUUUUUCCAAGGUGUUUAGAGUUGGGGGAUUUUUCAAGGAGUUUUAGUAACAAGCCCUGUUUUGGGAGGGUAUUCUUUUUAUUAGACAAAAAUUGUUCAGUUGAGAGAUGGGGACUACUGACUUGCACCAAAUACUCAAAAGCCUUUGUUGCAACUCGGAAUGGAAGUACGCUGUCUUUUGGAAACUUAAACAUCGAGCUCGAAUGGUGCUGACUUGGGAGGAUGGCUACUAUGACAAUUCUGAACAACAUGAUCCCCCAGAGAGCAAGUUUUUCAGAAAAACGCUUGAGAAGUUUCAUGAUGGUCAUUUUUCACAUGACCCUCUCGGUUUAGCUGUGGCGAAGAUGUCCUAUCAUGUAUAUUCUCUUGGGGAAGGGAUUGUUGGGCAAGUAGCAGUUACUGGAAAACAUCAAUGGAUUACUGCAGACGAGCAAAUACCAAAUUUCUCUUCAACACUUGAGUAUUGUGACGGUUGGCAAACACAAUUUUCAGCUGGCAUUAAGACUAUUGUUGUUGUAGCGGUUGUUCCACAUGGUGUUUUGCAGCUUGGGUCUUUAGAUAAAGUCACUGAGGAUAUCAAUCUUGUGACUCGCAUCAGAAAUAUCUUUCUAACUCUUCAAGAAUCUUCAGCUGGGCAUAUUAAGCCGAUGCAUUCUUGUACAAGUUCAGGAUACAUGGCGGACAUUUCAACUAAAAGCUUAGUAACAGAGAAAAAUGAAGUUGAGAUGGUCAGCAAGAGUGUGGGGAUAGAGUUGUCAGGAUCUGGGGGCAAUGAAUCUCUGAAAACAAAACCGGAUGCUACCAUUGUGCAGGGUUUGAAAUCACAAGUGAGGUCGAUUGAUGAUAGGAUGUGUGUAGGGGAGCCUAGUGGGUGCAAAGAUAUGGCAGUUGGUUUGAAACACAAAGUACAUGUACGAUUGCAAAACUCAACCAUGGAUAUGGUUAAUAUAUGUGGUAAUUUACUUCCAGCUGAGAAGAUCAUGACAAAUGAUGCAUGCUUCCCUAUGAAUUCUCAUGCCUCUUCUGCAUGUGAUGGAGUUAAUCACAAUGGGAUGUUGAGAAGAACCAACCCUACAGAAAUGUGCUUGGAAAAUGACGUUGAAGCAUUGGAGAUUCGAAAUGAAACUGAUAUGUAUCCAUCAAACACAUCAUUGAAGUUCCCUGCUGGUUAUGAGCUCCAUGAAGUACUCGGGCCUGCUUUUCUGAAAGAUGCUCUCUAUCUUGACUGGCAAGUGGAGUACGGUUUUGGUAGUAAAGCUUUCGAGUUAUCUGAGGGAAUGAGUGGUAGCCAGUUGACAUCUGAUUCACCGAUGGAGCGUCUUCUAGAAGCAGUAGUGGCUGAUGUUUGCCACAGCGGUUCUGAUGUCAAAAGCAACACAUCUCUAUGCAAAUCUGGACAGUCCCUGUUAACAACUGAAAGAAUUCCCGAGCCUUCCACAAAUAUUACAACAUCUGCUUGUUCGGAAGGUUACUCAAUGGGUCAAAGUCAAUCAUCUUUUAUUGGAGAGGACAUGCAGAACUCUUUAAGCUCAUCAGGAGUAUGUGGGGUGAUGUCCCCAAAGGGGUUUUCGUCGACUUAUUCCGGUACUGGCAGUGAGCACCUGGAGAGGUCUUCAGAACCUGCAAAGAACAAUAAGAGAAGGGCCAAACCUGGUGAGAGUUGUAGGCCCAGGCCGAGGGACCGACAAUUGAUCCAGGACCGCAUCAAAGAACUUCGAGAGCUAGUGCCAAAUGGAGCAAAAUGUAGUAUUGAUUCGUUGCUGGAGCGCACAAUCAAGCACAUGUUGUUCUUGCAAGGCAUCACCAAGCAUGCUGACAAGCUAAAUAAAUGCGCAAACAUGAAGUUGCAUCAGAAGGAAAAUGGCAUGCUAGGAUCCUCAAAUAAUGAUCAGGGUUCAAGCUGGGCAGUUGAGGUGGGUGGUCAACUUAAAGUUUGUUCGAUAAUUGUGGAGAAUCUCAACAAGAAUGGGCAGAUUCUUGUAGAGAUGUUGUGUGAAGAAUGCAGCCAUUUUUUGGAGAUAGCAGAGGCUAUUAGAAGCUUGGGACUGACAAUUCUAAAAGGCAUAACGGAAGCCCAUGGCGAGAAAACGUGGAUUUGUUUUGUGGUUGAGGGGGAGAAUAACAGAAGCAUACACAGGAUGGAUAUCUUAUGGUCCCUUGUUCAAAUUCUACAGCGCAGUAACAAUACAAUGUGACAGCUUCUUCAACCGCUCAAACUUUUUGCAACUAUUGUUUGUGUAGAUUCCUCUGUAAAAUAGUGUGAGUUUACCAUUCAUCUAUCUCCUGCUUUUUGGAGUGCAUCACCACUUUGCUCAGAGAUAUUCACCCUUCCCUAUACAGUUCUUGAAUAUGAACUAGGAAAAAAGAAACAUAAGAAUCUAUAGAAGGGUGCUCUAAAAGCAAGCCAAGUUUCUGUGAAGAGCAUUAUUGUUUCCACUUUCCAUGUGUGAAAAACUUUUUCUUUUUUUACUUGUUUGGUGUGUUUUCUAGCAAGUGUUGUCAUUGUUUGAGAGGUACAAAAGGUUUUCUACUUGAUAGAGUGCAACUAUUCUGUAUUUGUAAGACUCAAUUUUAAUAGUAUAAGUUCAUUUGAACAAUACAAGUGUUCUCGUAUAUGUGGUAUUGCACUUCUA